AUGCUGCCCGACGUGCCACCGAGUCGGAUCGAGCGUCUUUUUCGUCAGCGCGAUUUAUCUUUAAAUGGCCAGCGGCGAGUGCUCAAAAAUUACCGUUUAAAAAACGGCGAUUGCGUGGUUGUUUACGGCUUAGCCCAAACUAAUGCUUCGCCGCGCUCUUUUAGCGCUCGUCGUCCGGCGUUUGAGGUUCGCUACGAAGACCGAAACAUUUUGCUCGUCAGCAAGCCCGCUGGUCUAGUUGUCCACGGCCAGGGCGACAAUUUGGACGAGCAAGUUUUAACUUAUUUGAACUUUAAGCCCGACUCUAGUUUUCGCCCUUCGCACGUCGGGAGAUUAGACAAGCCAACUUCCGGACUAAUAAUCUACGCCAAAAAUUACCAAACUCUUGUCCAACUCAACGCCCAGCACGCCCAAAUUGAGAAAACUUACCUUUUUAAAACCGACCACGAGGUCAGCCGCGAAACUAGUUUUAAGUUAGGUGCUGAUUCGCAAAAGGCUUGUCAAAAAGUGGAUCCGCAAGGCAAACUGAGCCAAACCGUUUUUUGA